AGUUUGAGUUUAGGUUAGGUUAGGUUAGGUUACAGUUAGAUUUUGUUGCACAUUUGAUUAAAGAUUGUGUGAAAAACGUGUACAAAGCGAAAAAUAUUUUCUAGUUUAUUGACGAAUACGUUUAUCAAAAGUGGAAAUUUUUGUCUGUUUUCAUAAUUCUAUUAAAAUUUUCAUGAUAAAUUUAAAUAAUAAUAAUGAAGCACACAUUGUUCGAACGCUCUUUCCUACAUGCGAAUUUAUGCUAUCGAAGAUUACGUUAUUGUACUUCUACUGCAACCGUAACAGAAUCGUGUGACAAUAAAAGACUAGCAGACUUUCCUGCAACUUUUAAUCCGAAGAAUGUUGAAAAAGACUGGUACAAUAUUUGGCAAUGUAACAAGUACUUUGCAUCAUCCAAGAUAAAGAGAAUAAGCAAUAAUACUGAAGAGGAAAAGGAACCCAAAGAACCUUUUAGCAUGGUCUUACCACCGCCUAAUAUUACAGGAGUAUUACAUUUGGGUCACGCAUUAACGGUUACAAUCCAAGAUGUUCUAGCAAGAUGGCACAGAAUGAAGGGUCAUCCAGUGUUAUGGAUACCAGGUCUAGACCACGCAGGAAUCGCAACACAGGCAGUGGUGGAACGUACAUUGCGGCAUACGCGCAACAUUACGCGACAUGACGUUGGCCGCACCGAGUUCACACGGUUAAUCUGGCAGUGGAAGACAGAGAAAGCCACAGUUAUCAAACAGCAGUUGAAAGCCCUUGGUGCCACACUUGAUUGGGACAGAGAAUACUUUACUAUUGACAAUAAUUAUAGUGCAGCUGUAACGGAAACGUUUGUACGGCUAAACGAGAGAAAUCUGUUGUACAGAGCCAGAGAUCUCGUUAAUUGGUCACCAGCAUUGCGCAGCACAAUAUCAGAAAUUGAAGUCGAAGAUUUGGUAGUAAAUGGCAAGACACGACUCCAAUUACCUGGCUAUGAUACUAAAAUCACCGUUGGCCAACUUAUUAAACUGGCCUACCCAAUUAGAGAUUCAAAGGAGGAAUUAAUAGUUGCAACGACUAGACCUGAGACAAUUUUCGGAGAUGUUGCGAUUGCUGUGCAUCCAAAUGAUGAGAGAUAUUCGAGAUAUAUUGGUCGACACAUUUUACAUCCAAUAAGAGAGACCUUUAUACCUAUCAUAGCCGAUUCUUCAGUAAAGAGAGAAUUUGGCACUGGUGCAGUUAAAAUUACUCCAGCACAUGAUCGUUUAGAUUACGACAUUGGUAAAAGACAUGGCUUGCCAGUUAUUAGUGUAAUUGACGAAGACGGCAACAUGACAGAUGCGUGCAAGGGAUUCAAGGGAGUACCGAGAUUUAUCACACGGAGGAGAUUAAUGGAUCAAUUGUCAGCACGAGGCAUAGUGAGAGGUGUAGAAGAUAAUCAUCAGAUGAUUCUGCCACUGUGUUCGCGAACAAAUGAUGUGAUCGAGUAUUUGCCGAAAGAACAGUGGUUCUUACGCUGCACGACAAUGGCCGAGCGGGCGCGCGAAGCCGUGGCAAAUGGCAGGUUGAAAAUCGACCCGAGCGAUGACAGUAUUCACGAACAAAUGUGGUAUAACUGGCUUGAAAACGCUAGGGACUGGUGCGUGUCGAGACAGUUGUGGUGGGGUCAUCGCAUUCCGGCAUAUUCCGUAAUUCAUAAUGACGGUAAACACGACAAUGUUGAUAAUUAUGAUAUAUUUUCUACCAACAAUAAUAAUAGCGCCACUUCAUGGAUUGUCGCAAGAUCUGAAGAAGAAGCGCGUUGUCGCGCACGAGAAAAAUACGGAGACACGGUGAGUUUGCAGCAGGACCCAGAUGUCCUCGACACAUGGUUCUCUUCAACAAUUGUGCCAUUUACAACGCUUGGCUGGCCAAAAAACACAAAGGAUAUGGCGAAAUAUUAUCCGCUAACAUUGAUGGAAACGGGCCAUGAUAUUCUUGUAUUUUGGGUGGCGAGGAUGGUGAUGCUAAGUCUGGAACUGACACAGCGUUUACCAUUUAAAGAAGUUUUACUUCAUGGUAUUCUAUGCGAUGGCAAUGGCAGGAAAAUGUCCAAGAGCUCCGGCAAUGUCAUUUUACCAGAAAAUAUUAUUAAUGGUUGUACCUUUGAGGAAUUAAAUGAACAAGCGAGACGCAGUCAUGCGGCCGGUAUUCUUAGCGCUGAAGAAUUGCAGCGAACACUCCGUGUUAAUGCAAAGUCGUACUCCGCGGGAAUACCAGAUUGUGGUGCCGAUGCUUUGAGACUAUCAUUAUGUGCACGUAAUAUUAAGAAUCACGUUAUUAGUUUUGAUGUGGACGAUUGUCGGACAAGCAAAUAUUUCUGCAACAAAAUCUGGCAGGCAAGUAAAUACAUAUUAUUGAUGACAAAAGAAAAUCAACAAUACGAAAAUGAAGGAGAGAAAAGUUUGAAUGAUUUAGAUCGAUGGAUUCUAAGUCGAUUAUCAUGGAUGGUGAGAAUAGUGAACGAUGCAUUUUCUGAGCGAAAUUUCCAUAAAGCAAUUGCUGCAAUUCGUCAAUUUUUACACUACGAAUUCUGUGAUUUCUACGUGGAAGGUACAAAAUUUGGAUUUAAAAGCGGUAAUUCCGCUGGGCAUUCAAAUACUCUUGCAAAAUGCUUGGAAGUGUCAUUACGCAUCCUUUCACCCAUUACACCUUACUUGUCGGAUGAUUUAUAUCUAAGACUUGCUAAGAAGAAACUUACAGGAUUUCUGUCAGUUGCCUCAUUGCUCGAGACUUCCUAUCCCGUCCCAUAUGAAUUUGAGUAUUUAAGAAACGUCGAGUUGGAGGAAAGAAUGCGUGAACUCAUAAAUGUUAUAAAUACUAUCAGAAGUUGCAUGGCAAACGUGAGCAAGAAGUCAAAUCCAGAAGUUAAUAUUUUGAUUGGCAAUGUACGUGAUUAUAAUUUUUAUCGAGAAAAUGUGAACUUGAUCAAAGGAGUGAGCAGAAUCUGGAACGUGUCUAUUUAUUUGACGGAAUCGGCGAAUAACAAUUUUAGUGAAACAACGACCAGAGAUAAUUCUGAUGGCGGUAUUUGCACUAUCCAAUGUAUGCAUACAGACGAUUGCUCGUUACUCAUUACAGUUACGGAUACAUCCAUAUUGGAACAAGUUAGAAAAAAUAUUGCAAAGAAGGAUAAAUUAGAAAGAACAUUUGAGAAGAAGACUAUUAAGUAGUGUAAUAGAUUCUUUCUGCUCACUCGUGUCUCUCAUCUGUGGAUACAAUCAUAUGUACAAUCGAUUAAUGUAAUUAAUAUAUAAAUAAACUAUUCUAUACGCUUAAUUGUACUACA